AUGAGGACGAAAUUGAAGAGAAAAGUGAGUUUUUUCUAGAAUUUUGAAAGAAAAAGCUGAAAAUGUCUGGAAUUUCCAGAAAGCCACUGUAAAUCCCCACAAAUAUCGAUCGAAUUGGCUGAAAGAUGAUUUUGGAUUCGAUGAACAUCAAAUCGAUUUGUUCAUGAAAGCUGUGGCCAAGGCUUUUGUGAGUGGAAAUCGGGAAUUUUGGGCUGAAAGUUGCUGAAAAAUCAAAUUUAUCGAUUUUUGCAGGGAAAUCCGCUGAAUAAGGGGUUUACCAGUGUGGAGAAGGAGGAAUAUCGAAAUAAGAUGGCUGGCGAGUUUGUGAGUGGUUUUGGGGUGAAAAUUGAAGAAAAUAUUGGCUCUGGGGGUGAAAAAUCGGAUUGUUCUGGUUCUGGAGCGAAAAUUCGUGAUUUUCAAGCUCCUGGAGCUGAAAAAUAGGAUGUUUAUGGUCAAGAAGCUGAAAAAUUGGAUUUUUAAGCUCCUGGAUCUGAAAAAUCAGAUUUUUUUGGUCCUGGGGCUGUAAAAUGGGGUUUUUGAGGUCUAGAAGCUGAAAAAUCGGACUUUCAAGGUCUUGGAGCUUAAAAAUCAUGAAAUUUCGGUUCAGAAGCAUGAAAAGCUGGUUUUUUUGGUCCCGGAACUGAAAAAUUGGAUUUUUCUGGUCCUGGAGCUUAAAGAUCUGGGUUUUGAGGUCCUAGAGCUGAAAAAUCAUGAAAUUUUGGUCCUGGAGCUGAAAAUCUGGAUGUUUAUGGUCAAGAAGCUAAAAAAUCAGCAAAUUUAGCUCCAGGACCAUGAAAACCUGCUUUUUGAGGUUCUAGAGCUGAAAAAUCAGAUUUUUAAGGUCCUGGAGCUGAAAAAUUGGAUUUUUGAGGUCCUGGAGCUGAAAAAUUGGAUUUUUGAGGUCUAGGAGCUUAAAAAUUGGAUUUUUGAGGUCUAGGUGCUGAAAAAUCAUCAAUUUUAGCUCAAGGAGCAUUAAAAUCAUGUUUUUCCGGUCUAUAAGCACGAAAAGCUGGAUUUUCAAGCUCCUGGAGCUGAAAAAUCACGAAUUUUAGCUCCAGGACCAUGAAAAUCAUGUUUUUGGCAUCCUGGAGCUGAAAAAUUGGAUUUUUGAGGUCCUGGAGCUGGAAAAUCAUCAAUUUUUUCUCCAGGACCUUAAAAAUCACGAAAUUCUGCUCCGGGACCUCAAAAAUCAUCAAUUUUCGCUCCAGGACCAUGAAAACCUGGUUUUUGGGAUCCUGGAGCUGAAAAAUCACGAAUUUUAGCUCCAGGACCAUGAAAACCUGGUUUUUGGGAUCCUGGAGCUGAAAAAUUGGAUUUUUUUGGUCCUAGAGCUAAAACAUCGGAUUUUUUUGGUCCUAGAGCUGGAAAAUCACGAAUUUUCGCUCCAGGACCUCAAAAAUCACUAAUUUUAGCUCCAGGACCAUGAAAAUCAUGUUUUUUUGGUCCUAGAGCUGGAAAAUCACGAAUUUUCGCUCCAGGACCUCAAAAAUCACUAAUUUUAGCUCCAGGACCAUGAAAAUCAUGUUUUUGGGAUCCUGGAGCUCAAAAAUCAUCAAUUUUUGCUCCAGGACCUAAAAAAUCACGAAAUUCUGCUCCAGGACCAUGAAAACCUGGUUUUUGGAGCUCCUGGAGCGAAAAUUCGUGGUUUUCAAGCUCCUGGAGCUGAAAAAUCUGAUUUUUGAGGUCUAGAAGCUUCAAAAUCACGAAUUUUAGCUCUAGGACCUCAAAAAUCAUCAAUUUUCGCUCCAGGACCAUGAAAACCUGGUUUUUGGGAUCAUGGAGCUGAAAAAUCUGAUUUUUGAAGUCCUAGAGCUGAAAAAUUGGAUUUUUGUGGUCCUGGAGCUUAAAAAUCAUGAAAUUUCGGUUCAGAAGCAUGAAAAGCUGUUUUUUGAGGUUCUGAAGUUGAAAAAUCGGAUUUUCAAGCUCCUGGACCUCAAAAAUCAUCAAUUUUCGCUCCAGGACCUCAAAAAAUCCAGCAUUUUUCAAAAUUUCCCCCGGAAAAAUUGAAAAUAAUUCAGAAAUCACGUGAACGUGAUCUAAUUUAUGCAAAAUCAUUCAUUUUUCCUCGAAAAAAAAAAUUUAUUUUCAAUUUUUUGACUUACCAGGAACUCUAUAAGUGAGUAAAAUCGAUAAUCUGAGCUCUGGAUCGAAAUUUUGUGAAAUUUUAAGUUUGGGAUGCUCCAGAACCUGGUUUUUGAGGUCCUGGAGCGAAAAUAGGUGAUUUUCAAGGUUCUGGGUGGAAUUUUCAUGAUUUUUUGAGUCCGGAAUCUGAAAAAUCACCAAAUUUCGUUACAGGACCCAAAAAAUCCCAUUUUUCACGCCAUGCGCCUUUAAAAUCACCAAAUUUCGUUCCAGGACCCAAAAAACCCCCAUUUUUCACCCCAUGCACCUUUAAAAUCACCAAAUUUCGUUACAGGACCCAAAAAAUCCCAUUUUUCACGCCAUGCGCCUUUAAAAUCACCAAAUUUCGUUCCAGGACCCAAAAAAUCCCAUUUUUCACGCCAUGCACCUUUAAAAUCACCAAAUUUCGUUACAGGACCCAAAAAAUCCCAUUUUUCACGCCAUGCGCCUUUAAAAUCACCAAAUUUCGUUCCAGGACCCAAAAAACCCCCAUUUUUCACCCCAUGCACCUUUAAAAUCACCAAAUUUCGUUACAGGACCCAAAAAUCCCAUUUUUCACGCCAUGCGCCUUUAAAAUCACCAAAUUUCGUUCCAGGACCCAAAAAACCCCCAUUUUUCACCCCAUGCACCUUUAAAAUCACCAAAUUUCGUUCCAGGACCCAAAAAACCCCAUUUUUCACCUCAUGCACCUUUAAAAUCACCAAAUUUCGUUCCAGGACCCAAAAAAUCCCAUUUUUCACUCCAUGCACCUUUAAAAUCACCAAAUUUCGCUCCAGGACCCAAAAAAUCCCAUUUUUCACCCCAUGCACCUUUAAAAUCACCAAAUUUCGCUCCAGGACCCAAAAAAUCCCAUUUUUCACCCCAUGCAACUUUAAAAUCACCAAAUUUCGUUCCAGGACCCAAAAAAUCCCAUUUUUCACCCCAUGCAACUUUAAAAUCACCAAAUUUCGUUCCAGGACCCAAAAAAUCCCAUUUUUCACCUCAUGCACCUUUAAAAUCACCAAAUUUUGCUCCAGGACCCAAAAAACCCCCAUUUUCACCCCAUGCAUUUUUAAAAUCACCAAAUUUUGCUCCAGGACCCAAAAAACCCCCAUUUUUCACCCCAUGCAUUUUUAAAAUCACCAAAUUUUGCUCCAGGACCCAAAAAAUCCCAUUUUUCACCCCAUGCAACUUUAAAAUCACCAAAUUUCGUUCCAGGACCCAAAAAAUCCCAUUUUUCACCCCAUGCAACUUUAAAAUCACCAAAUUUCGUUCCAGGACCCAAAAAUCCCAUUUUUCACCCCAUGCACCUUUAAAAUCACCAAAUUUCGCUCCAGGACCCAAAAAAUCCCAUUUUUCACCCCAUGCACCUUUAAAAUCACCAAAUUUCGUUCCAGGACCCAAAAAAACCCCAUUUUUCACCCCAUGCACCUUUAAACUCCCAAAUUCUUUCAGAAAUCCUUCGUUUCUCACUCAUCCAAUCGCUCCGAUCUCAAAUACGAGCUAUUUUUCCACGAAUUCGAGCACGAAAACACAAAAAUCAAUUUUCGACACGAAAUUUUCCGAAAAACCUGUCAAAGACUCGCGAAAAUGGCACGGGAUUUCGAAAAAGAGCGAUUGGAGCAGGGAAACACUUCGAAUUGGUGAGAAACUACGAUGCUCCGCGUUUACGCGGUUGAAUUUGAGCGAAAAUUGCGUUUUUAACGAUGCUCCGCGUUUACGCCGUCAAAAAUGAUGCAUUUUGAUGCAUUUUUCGAGGUGUAAACACGGAGCAUCGUUUAAACCUUCAAAUUUGAUGAUUUUUCAUCGCGUAAACGCGGAGCAUCGUAUUUUUUCGAUUUUUCCAGGUGGGAAGCCUAUAAACCCCAACCAACGGUCUACGAAUUCCCUACAGUACCCCAGGAAAAUCCGGCGGAAAUUUUUGAGCAAUUAAAAAUGGUCGAAAAUCGCCUGAAGUUCAUUGAUCAAUUGGAAGCCAGGGAAUUGAAUCAUUAUUAUAAUCGGGUCUGA